GACUCCCGGGUCACGAGUCUAAACACUAGUAUAGUAUGAUUUUAGUACUGUGCUGCUAGUAUGGCAGACAUGUGAUAGCCUUCAAGUUAGAAGCUGCCGACCGGCUGUGUUCAUGCAUCAUGAACCACAUGUAUAAGUAGUUGCAACGUAGAAGUGCCAUUAAUAGACCCGUUAUACGAAGCACUUUAGUUACGUAUAAUGGUUAACUUUCCUCGGAUUCCCCGUGGCAGGCUCCGAUUGCUGUGGGAGUCACUAGUACUUAACCUUUAACAGCGACUCGAGGGAAUUCUACCCAAUACGCCCGGAACCUCGAUGGGAUGACUGUCUGGUUCAUUCUUCAGGUUCAAUCCAAGAUAUUACCACGGGAGAUUACCUGCCAACCCCAGCUCAACAUGAAUGUCUAUUUUCCCGAUUCUGUUGGUUUUCAGACUGUCGCAUAUACUUCAGUUGCUUCCAUGACAGUUUUUCUUUUUGACUUCAUCAUCACUUUGACUCGGAGAGGGUGGGGGAUCAUGAGAAUAAUCUUCAUCGUUUCUCGUUAUUUGCCAUUCAUAGGUCUUGUUAUGACUGUAUACUACUCGGUCGGGUCCACUCAUGGAGGAAUUCCCGAUAAUGGGAUUUUCACUGCUCUAUAUGAUGGCAUCCGCUGGUUGGGUAUAGCUGCUGCUGAGCUCUUGCUUGUGGUAAGGACCUACGUAGUUUGGGGGUGUGACAAGAGGUUUUUGACUUUGACUUUGACAUUUACCACGGUCGUCUCAGCAGCGGUGCUGGUAAUCUCAGACGUUGAUGCAAGUGAAUCCGGAGAUUCGACUGGCGUAUUUGUGGCAGGACGGAAUACCAGUCUUAUUUAUGGUUUGUUGAUGUUGGUUGAGCUUGUGCUGAUGACACUGACACUGUACAAACGCUUCAAAUCUUUCCGAUUGGAGGGUAGUUUGUUGGUGGCUACUUUAUGUCGAGAUGGCAUAAUUUCCAUACUGUGUAUCACUCUGGUCUCGAUGGCGAAUUGCAUUUCCGUCAUUUUACUACCUCCAUCCUACACCGCACUUCUUGCUGGCCCACAACUAGUCGCGCAUAGCGUUCUUGCCUCACGCAUCCUGUUCAAUUUGCGAGAAAUGUCCGACUUGCAGGAUGGUGUAACAAACGACAUUAUUUUGGGAGUGGUUUCUCAACCCAUAGCGUUUGAAACUCCACCUUACACAGAUCCGGAGCUGUGGGAUUUUACAAACUGCUAGUUCGAUGUCUACACAAUCUCGAUGAUUCUAUGUCCUUGUGAGGUCAUUAACGUAGUCAAUGCGAUAGUUCGUCCACGCAGUGUGUUGGGUAAGCAUUUAGGUCGUCCUGGAACGCCUUAUGGCAUCAACGCGUUGUUUCUGAAUUUGAAUAGCAUGUAGGAGGGAAGCAUAUGGUAUGGUAUAGCUGAAGUAUUUCGUCAAGUAUCAGCAUCUCAUCUCGUAAGUACACAUACGUUUGACAGAUUGGUGCUCGGCAAAGGCAUCAGCUGUCUGAGCGAGAAUGCAGAGAGGUACUAUCCACAACAGAAUGUAACUGAGAUCCAGAGCU